CACUUCCCGAGACGACUCGAUGUUCUCGACUCAUGGGAAAGAUUCGUUAAAAAUGAACGAAUCGUUCGUGAACGACACAAGCUUCGAAGCAUAAAGAAGUUACAUCACUAAUAUUUUGUGUUCUGUUCUGUGUUUUUUUUUUUUUUUUUUUUACAUUUUGUACUCAAUUAUAUGAUUCGCGCGAAUUAUAUUCCUUUACAACGAUGAUACUUACCGUGUUUUACUUUUAAAUAAUCAAUUUAAGUAGAGAAGGAAAUGGAGGACUGCAGCGCGAAGGGAGGAUGGAAAGAACAGCUGUCCGGACUGUAACCACACCGGUCACUGUACCGGUCCAUCUCUGUGUUCUGGCAAAAUAAUGGUAUCUACGUUUCUGACACGUUUGUACAUAUUCGGUGUGUGUGCUGCCCUGUCACAUGGAGCUAAAUGCCCACAAAGUCACUAUCCAUCAGCAGCUGGAGAAUGCUGUCCUCUGUGUGCAGAAGGACUUUAUAUUUCACAAGACUGUACAACAAUAAAGGAUACAGUGUGUGGGGUGUUGGAUGGAUAUUAUUGCUUGCGUUAUUCAGAUGACAAAAGAGAUUGUUUGCUUGCAAUGAAACAUAGUAAAUGCCAACCAGGGGAACAGAUAAAAACUCCAGGCACAAAGACCUCAGAUACAGUUUGUGAGCCCUGUCCCUCAGGAUUUUAUUCUCCUGAAGGUGUGAACUGUUCUAAAUGGACUGACUGUUCAGUCAAAAAUGAGAUUGAGGAACAAGAAGGCACUUCCAUUAUAGAUGUUCAGUGCAAACCAAGAAACGGGAAUAUGAGAUAUGGACUCAUAGCAGUUUUACUUACAGUUACAGCUCUACUUUUGCUGUCACUGGUUUUCUAUUUGAAGCAAAAACGAGCAAACAGUAGACUAACCUUAAAAAAUCCUGUAGAGGAAACAGAUUCUCGAAUUUCAGAAUUUGCCUCAUUAACCAGUCCACUGGAAAUAAAGUCAGGAAACAAAAUCUCCAGCUGUCCAACUAUACUGUGACAUGGAACACAUGGUGUAUGAGAAAACACAAGUUACUCCACAAUAAUUCUUUCUUUCUUACUAAACUAUCAGUUCAACAAAAGGACAAAGAAGACAUUUUUGGAAACCCCCCAUUAAAGGGAGCAGUGUUUUUGCUUUGAUUAGUGCCUACUUUACAGAUUUAUCCAGGACUGUAUUCUUUACCAUUUUUAAUGCUGCUGUAUGGAAUGUUCAGUGUUGUUUUUUUUUUGUUGUUUAUUUGUUUUCCUGGUUAGUACUUUGUGUUGGAACUGUUUUAAUAGCUCCUCCUGAUUCUUAUUGUUCAGGUUUGUUCGCUAACAUUCCCUGGACCAAGAACAAGAAGAAAGUUCAUGAUGUGAUACUUUAAUUCAGAUUCAUUGCAUUCAAUAUUUUUGACUUCUGAAUUUAGAACUCAUUUCUAGUUACUUUUUUCUUUUGUGCAUUAGUGCAAUCACAUUUUAAAUUUUUAUUUUACAAUUAAUUUUGGAAAACGAUUUCCCCCGACUUCAAUACUGAGAGUUAAAAUGCACUUUAAAAUCUCUGCAAUUUAUUUUCCAUGUUUUUUCGGAUUUGCUGUGGUGUCAAGUACUUUUUUUUAUUUAUUUAUUUAUUUUAUUUAUUUUAUUUUUUUUUAACAUCCUACUCCAUGAGCAGUUAAAGUUGUGUACCAAGUAAUGUAUAAUGCCAUAUGCACUCUCUUGUCUAGAGUAUGAAUAUCAGAAGGGUAGUAUCAUCUCAAAUGUAACAUGUUUAUACAUGGAAAAAGCAAAAUGAACAAAUCACUGCAAAAAGCUUUCGCUGAUGAAGGAAAAUGCUGUCAGCCAUCUUGAAAAUCUUUCUCAUCCAUUGCCAGUACCUGGAAUCCCUGCCUGUCUUCCCCUAUGCAAUCAAAGUUGCCACGUUAAUUUAUUCUAUUUCAUACAUUUAUUACAACAUUCAAGUUGCUUGAAGUGCAAUUCUUCUAGUUGCAAUUUGCAGUGUGAACACUCACACUAAACUACUAAGGGAUGCGUCCUCCAUGUGCCUUGCUUUUGUAAGGAGUGCCUAAAUAUUGCCCAUUGUGAUUGCUAAAAAAAAAUCAACUUUCUAAUAAUGCUGUUUUUUUUUGUUUUUUUUAUUCUGUAUUUUAAGCAUUGAAACAAGCAUUAUUCUGAUUCUUGUACACUGGUUGCUAUAAUUUAGUAAACUGAAUGCACUGAAUGAUUGGAUCAGCGGUACAGACAAUGAAAUGAAAUGAAGCUAUUUUACCUCUCUUAUGUAAGCCUGUUGGGAGGGCGCUGGUGGUUCAGUGGUAGGUUUCUCACCUAUGAUGCGGAAGCCCCGGGUUCGAUUCCCAGCCAGUGCCCGACCCCAGCCACUAGAUAUAGUGCUGGUCCCAAGUCCGGAUAAAAUGGGAGGGUUGUGUCAGGAAGGGCAUCCGGUGUAAAACCUGUGCCAAGUUGAUGAUCCGCUGUGGUGACCCCUCACACACGUAGGGAGCAGCCGAAAGAAGCUCUAUCUAAGCCUGUUGGGAAUGUUUCUUGGUUCUUUUGGAUUUAUUGUUUACUACUUAAACUUUUUGAGGUAUCAAAACUGGGUACUGUUUGAUUUAUGUAACCAAAAAUAUGGAGCUUGUUGACAAUGACAAACUGCACAUUUUUAGGGCUCGGAACUCUAUUUACCAUGGUCAUUUUUUAAAUACUUGCUAACUAACUAGUCCCCUAAAUGGGGAAAGGGAAAAAAAAAAAAAAACACAAAUAGCUUUCACUAAUGACUUGACAUUCGUCACUUUUUUCAAUAUUUAUGUGAUAUACUUGCACCAUUUGAAUCCAAAUGUCUUUUUCUGCCUUAUUUUUUCUGUAAACAUUUAAAAUUUAUUUAAUUUUAUUUUACAAUUAUGGGCCAUUGAAGUUCAAUUUCUGACAAGAUUUUCUUUUUGUGUGUUUUUUUGUUGUUUUGUUUGGGUUUUUUUUUUUUUUUUUUUGCACUUGCUUUA